CAUCAAUCAGCCCCUUUCAGCCACACGUCCCGACUGUUCACUUUGAAUGACGGAGCUCGUUGAGCGAACCUGAUUAUCCCACCUUUUCAGAAGCAACAAUACCCUUAUUUGCCCUCAACGAAUUCCCUCUCUUCUUCCACAUUGACUAUUUAGAGGACUGGAGGUCAGUCUGACGGACGCAACCGGUUCUGCGACACCUGCAUCGACUCUGUCUCUUGGUUUGUUGUGAGUCGAGCCUUUGCACUCUACGGCGCAUACGUGCCCGUCAACCGCGCAGCCUGCCCAUAUCAGGCCACGACGCACAACCCUUGACGUCUCGCGAACCGGUGGAAACUGAUUGCCUUUUACUCAGUCAAGGAUGCACUAGAAUGUGAACUGGCCCUUUCUGCAACAGACACGACUCGUCCACCCUGCUUUGCGUCGAACUUUAAGCAGACGUGACUGUUCAAUUUUCCCGCCGAAAGCCCCUGGCCCAAGGACGAGCUCAAUAUUGGAAAUCUUGCUAGACUGCUCAGGAUAUACCCGAAAUGGAGGGUCAAGAUAAUGGAGAUGAGCUCUAUCCCAUCGCCGUGCUGAUCGACGAACUCAAGCACGACGAUGUCCUUCUCCGCCUCAACGCCAUCCACAGACUUUCUACCAUUGCCUUGGCUCUCGGCCCUGAACGAACAAGAGAGGAGCUGAUACCCUUUUUGGAUGACUCCGUGGAAGAUGAAGAUGAAGUCCUUACCGCACUCGCUGAAGAGCUAGGAAACUUCAUUGAGUACGUCGGAGGCCCUGAAUAUGGUCACGUGCUCCUUGCACCGCUUGAGAAUCUGGCUGCCAUUGAGGAGCCUUUGGUGCGGGACAAGGCCGUUGAAUCUCUGAAUAAAAUCUGCAAUGAGCUGUCAGAGAGGCAGGUCGAAGAGUACUUCAUUCCCCUCACGAUCCGCCUGUCGAAGGCCGACUGGUUCACCUCGAAGAUUUCUGCGACCGGCUUGUACACAACUCCUUACCGAAAAGCAUCCCAAUCCUCCCAGCAAGUUCUUCGAACCCAAUUUGGUCACCUCGUUCACGAUGAGACACCAAUGGUGCGACGACAAGCCGCAAAUAACCUGGCCAAAUUUGUGAAAGAGGUCCCAGUCUCGGUUGUGAUCGAUGAGAUGAUCCCUCUCUUUCAACAUUUGGCCAGCGACGAUCAAGAUAGUGUCCGACUGCUUACAGUCGAAGUCCUCAUCUCCAUCGCAGAAGUCAUUCCCAAGGAGCAGCAACCGAGUCACGGCGUGCUCCUGACCGCAUUGAGGAGCUUAUUCGAGGACAAGAGCUGGAGGGUACGAUACAUGGUGGCAGAGAAAUUCGAGAAGAUUGCAAAGGCUGUUAAUGAGGAGGUUGUCACCCGAGAUCUCGUCCCUGCAUUCGUCAAGCUCCUCAAGGAUAGCGAGGCCGAAGUCAGGACGGCCAUCGCCAGCCAAAUUCCCGGCUUCUGCGGUCUCCUUGACCGAGAAACCCUUCUGAACGAGAUCAUGACGUCCAUUGAAGACCUUGUGUCUGACCCCAACCAGCAUGUUCGAGCCGCCCUUGGAACCCAACUCAGCGGAUUGGCUCCAAUUCUCGGCAAAGAAGAAACCAUCUCCCAUCUCCUCCCCAUGUUUCUCCAAAUGCUCAAGGACGAGUUUCCAGACGUGAGACUGCAUAUCAUCUCCAAACUCGAACUCGUCAACAAUGUUAUCGGUAUCGACUUACUUUCUCAGUCUCUCCUGCCGGCCAUCGUUCAGCUCGCGGAGGACAAGCAGUGGCGAGUGCGCCUUGCAAUUAUUGAGUACAUUCCCUUGCUGGCAAAGCAGCUGGGCAUGAAAUUCUUCGAUGAACAAUUAAGUUCGCUGUGCAUGGGCUGGUUGGGUGACACAGUAUUCUCGAUCCGUGACGCUGCAACGCAGAACCUGAAGAAGCUCACGGAAGUCUUUGGCGUGGAAUGGGCGAAUCGAUCCAUCAUUCCCAAAGUCACGGCCAUGAGUCAACAGCAGAAUUAUCUGUACAGGAUGACGACCUGCUUUGCCAUCACGAUCCUCGCACCAGUGAUAACCCUCGAUAUUAUAGCCGAAAGCGUCCUCCCGAUGAUGGACCGUCUCGUCUCCGACCCGAUUCCCAACAUCCGUUUCAAUGUUGCAAAAUCCUACGCCGUCCUUAUCGAAACACUCCGCCGCAUACCCGCCGAAGGGACACUGCAACAAGAGGAACAGCAACCAGAUUCCUCAACACAACCGAAUCCUAAAGCGCAGGAGUUGAUCGGGCAGAUCAUGUCAAAUUUGGAGAAAUUACAACAGGACGAAGAUGUGGAUGUGAGGUAUUUCGCCACUGUGGCUGCGGGCGGAACGAACAAUGUGUACGCCCAGCAGUCAGGGGAGAGGAUGGAUACCGGACAGUAGUGCUUCCGCCGGCAGAAGGAUGUGAGGGAGGUGGAGGUGAGGGAGCGCGAGAUUAAUGUUGAUGAGAAUGAGGAUGAGCCUGUCCAGCAUGUCGAGCACGUUGAGCGUGGGAUGGAGCGAGAGGACGACAUGGGGCAUGAGCUGGGCCGGAGGCAUUCGCAGUGGACGUUUCCCAUCUUUGGAGGAAGGCGGGAUGCAUGACCGGUGCAAAGGACGGGCAUGGGCCAGGCCAAACGGAGGCAGGAGGCUUUCAGCGAGAUUGAUCCUGCCGGGCGGGAUGGCUGCAUGGCCUGGCAUGGCUGUGAACACGGUGCAUUUGUACGAAGACCAGCGAAGUCGCGCGGAACGAAAACAUUGGCAAGGGAGAGAAGAGCCCGCACGAAGGGACGGACAGACGGCACGGGAGAGAAGAGAAGAAGGAACGCCAUUCAGAUAUCGGAAUAGAUGUCUGGAGUCGCGAUUCUGGACUUUGUUCCCCUUUGCACACUGCGCGGUGGAAGAACUAGAUAGACUUUCCAAAGACCAUUGAAGAAAAGAAAAGAAAGAGCGGACCCCUGACUCUCGCCCUCUUCCUCAUGC